GGCGGGAAUCAGUGGCCUAGUGUGCAGUGAGAUGGUAGGGCGUAGGGGCGGUUUGGAGCGGGGUGUGUAUGACCAGUUUGGAUAUAUACCUCCUCACCAGGUUACAGGGUACACAUUGUACAGAGAAAGAGGAAAAAUCGAUACAAAGCUUUGAUAGAGCUGCAACUUAAAGAGCUCGCCCAAAUCUCAUAUAAUCUCAAAUCGUAAUUAAUAGAAGAAGAAGGAGAAGAAGAAGAAGAAGGAGAAGCCUUAGAGAAACAUCACCAGAAUGUUCCUGAAUGUGAAUUUGACACCCCCGCCCACCUCGGCGGGGGAGGGAUCCUGUACCACCCCGAAGACACCCGAAAUCCUCAACUCCCUCAUCAACCUAACCAGCCCGCCCCUCCCGCACUCCUAUUCACAGUACCAGAGUCAGACUGAAGGCGGUACUUUGCUGAGCCCGAUCAGUGACCUCAGCAGUCCGAGCGAGGAGUCAGCGGCUACUCCCCUCACAGCCGCCUGCAUGGGUCGAAUGAUGGAACACCCUUCGUCUUCCCCCGUUGGCUCAUCGUGCCAACUGAGCGAGCAACUCCAGAGUCCUACGGCGAGCGGUUUCCCCUCGGGUGGGGGCGGGUGUGGAGGUAGAGGUGGUUUUGUGGGCGGGUCCCCUGGCACCUCUGGAACCGGCGGCCCCCUGGCAGGGGCUUCGCCUCCCUCCACGCCCGACCUACCCUCUCCGGUGAACACGGUGGAAGCCACCAAAUCUGCUCUGAUCAAAGAGGGACUCAAACUGCAGAUCCGGACCAAAUUACAAGCUGCUGGAUCCGACAACCAGGACCCUUAUUACCCAGACACCAAAUUCAUCAAGAACGAAGCCGAUGAGCUAACGGAGGAGGACGAGGAGCGCAGGCGCAAACGGAGGGAGAGGAACAAGAUAGCUGCCACGAAAUGCAGGAAUAAGAAGAAAGAGAAAACCAUCGUGCUCAUGACAGAAUCUGAGUCGGUGGAAGACAUGAACGUAAGACUGAAGACCGAAAUCCAGCGGCUGACGACAGAGAAGAUGAAUUUGGAAAAGUUGCUGCGCGACCCAAAUCAUCGAGCCUCGUGCCGUCACACUCCGAGAUGCCCCAAGGCUCCAAAGCUGCCCCUUGUUAUUGUCACACCUGCAGACUCACCUGACGCUUCCUCCUCGAGCUCCUCCUCCUCCUCCUCCUCCUCCUCUUCCUCCUCCUCCUCGGAUAGUCCAACCUCUCCACCAAUGACAGGUCCCAUUAGUUAUAAACCCACACACUCCCAAGCUUCAUCAGUCAUGACUUCUCCUCCAGGUAAUAACGUUCCAUCAACUAAUGCUUCCUCAUGUGCCUCCACUUCCUCUUCACAAUUCCUGGCACCUAAAUAUAGUUCCUCACAAAGCCACAGACACCAUCCUUACCAGUUUUCUGCUCGACAACAACAACAACAACAACAACAACAACAACACCAACCACAGUGUUCCAUGUCUGUCAUACCUGAAAAACAACAGUAUUGUACCCCACACUCUGCGGGUGGAGGCCUCUCAAAAAUGAAUUAUAAUUAUCAGUGUAUGAAUGUGCCUAGGACUCACGAAUUUACACCACCAAAUCCUCCUUCAAUGAAGUCUGUGUACACCAGCCCCAAGUCCAGAGGAGGCUCAGUCCGCUAUAAUCCGUACAGCGGACGGCCACCACCCUUACCAUCCCCCUUGGCCACUCACACUCAUCCUCAACCUGGAACUUUAUGCGAAGAAGUAUAUCAUAAUAAUAACAAUAAUAUCUGUGGGCAAGACGACCAGCAAACAUGUAUUACAGACAUCCACGCCAACCAGUUUUUCCCACCGUGUACUUACAAUAGCAUGUGACCCUUGGCUGUGGGCUUGUAACCCAAUCAAAAGAUUCAUACUAUCUUAUGUAAAAUUAAAGUAAACAUGCUUCACAGUGGGUGAGUUUGACAAAAUGGUGGCUUGUAUGAGUAGUCAAUGGCUGGUUUACUGAGAACCUUGCUCACACAAGAUUUUGUAUUACAAUCCUACGCGGUUGGGAUUGUGAGAAAGUCCUGGAGUUAACCCUGAACUGCUCCACACAAUUUUCUAAUGACCCAUUUGUACUUGGGUAAAUUGUUCAUGUAUUUGCUUGCACUGCACUUUGCUGAUGAACAUGUUUUGUUGUUGCAUGCUGUUAUUUCAUAAUAGACCUCGUAUUUUUUGAGAUAAUGUUGGUUAUUUAGCAAGACGGCAGGAUUGCGCCACUGUCAAUAUUGCGUUACUGUUGCCCUUUUAUUGAUAGUGCCGGGUUUGUGUGUGUGUGUGUGUGUGUGUGUGUGAGUGAGAGCUCCUGAGCCUGGUCACUUAGAAUAGUUCUUCAUUACAAAGACAUAUUUGUUAUAUUUCCUAAGUGUCUUUGUAAUACCUGAUCCAUACAUAUACAUAUAUUUUUAUUAGCUUUAUUUUCAUAAGUGAUAUGUUGAUAAAUAUGACUCGAUACUAAACUAUUUAGGUACAAAGCUCCACAACAUUCCUCUCUCCCUGUUAUAUGGUGAAGGACUUGUUUUAUGUCUUGGCUGCACAAGGGGACACUUGAGGUGCCCCUCAGCAGUGCUGUCACGUGCAGCCAGUUGUCCUCCGGCUGCUGCUGCUGCUGCUGCUGAUGUCGCUUCAGGCCACGUUGAUUUGAGCCUCCUCGUCUCUCAGUGGUGGUCAGUCAGUCAGUCAGUCAGUCAGUCAGUCAGUCCAGCCAUUGGCUGUUACAGCAGCAGCUGGCCCUGGUUUUGGCUCAGCUUUUGGCUCUUGUAGAUUUGAGAGAAAGCAUGUCAUGACAAAUACCUAUCAAAGACAAUGUCCCAUGCCGCAUCUGUCUGCUGUGUGCUCGUACGUAUCUCACCCUUCGUGUUUGUGAAGGUGUUUUGUAUACUGUGAAAUCCCUCUUCCAGCACCCCAGCCUCGAUUCGUUUGCCACAGCACCUCAGCCAAGUGCUUGGAGGGCUAAGUGGUCGCCUUACAAUCCUGUGCCUUUCAGGUCAUGGCAGCUUACAGCACAAGUGGCAAGGAGUGCCAUCGCAUCUGUGCUUCGCUGCCAUUUCAAACCAACCCUUUGUUCCAAACAGCUGGCUGUUAGAGGAACUGUUUGUCCUUUGUUGUCAGUUAUAUGUUUGGCUUCUCGUUGCUCGUCUUUCCCAGUGCAUGGUAUCAUUGUCGAGGGGACAUUCAAUUUCGGAUUUGACUGCAGGCAUCCUGCCAAUCCUGAUCAUUCAACAAAGUCAUCAGAUUUGACACAUUUCAUGGAUACGCCACGAUGUAGUACGAGGUCUAGCUUUACUCUGUGCAUGAAUCAUGCGUUCAGAAACAGAUAAAUCAUAAUGCCAACAUUUGCAUGACCUAAAUGUUCCUCCCUAACUUAGCCCCCUUCUCCAGUCUCCUGUUCCCACUAGUACCCUUUUGCAGAGAGAGAAACAGUACUAAUUUUAUCCUAGCAUCCUCUUGGAGUUUCCUCACCAUGCCUUUUCAGGGGGGGAGGCAGGUGGUGGAAGAGGAGCUCUGGGAGGGGCAGGUGAGUUUGAGGAAGGUGGCUGGUCCACCAAGAGGUCCAAUUUUUGCUCCGUGAGACUGCCACAAGAAACCCUACUGUCGACAUCUUCUGCACCAUUGGAUACUUUUUUGCCGUCCGGCUCUCCCUGCUAGCAGUUGAGAGCUACACUUACUUAAACUGAGAAACAAAGAGAAAACUAUUGACGAUCAAACCGAAUUGACAUUGAGAAUGAAUAGAUAUGGACGGCCGCGGUGGGUGGUGAGGUAUGCUCAGCUCACGAAGGUCACUCACUCACUCACUUCUUUGGGCAUAUACAACUGAGGCUGCCCCACACUGACCGCCACACUCGAUCACGCGCAACUCAAACGACACU